GUCAUAUUAACAAUGCUGCCAAACUUCAUUAGGGUUCUGUUUAAUAGAUAGCCUUAUUGUAUUGAUGGUAUGCUUUAUAUCCAAACUUAGCUGUUGCAUUGUCCAUUUCAGGCUUCCUUUGAUACUCAUUUAUAUGUGCCAAUGUGGCUUCUACAUCUAUAGCAUUGCUGCCCUCCUUACCUGGGAAACAAGGCGGAGGGAUUUCUCUGUUAUGAUGUCACAUCAUGUUGUCACUGUUAUUCUGAUUGCUUACUCAUACAUGGCAAGGUUCUUUCGGAUAGGUGCAGUCAUCCUUGCAUUGCAUGACGCAAGUGAUGUAUUUCUUGAAGCCGCUAAAGUUUUUAAAUAUUCUGAAAAUGAGCUUGGAGCUAGCGUGUGCUUUGGUUUGUUUGCCAUCUCAUGGUUUACUCUAAGGCUGGUACUCUUUCCAUUUUGGGUUAUACGAUCCUCAAGCUACUACUCAUGCGAAGUCUUGAACCUGUCAGAGCCAUAUCACAUAGCUAUAUAUUAUGUCUUCAAUACAAUGCUAUUGAUGCUGCUUGUUUUUCAUGUCUAUUGGUGGAUUCUAAUAUGCUUAAUGAUCAGAAGACAACUGAAGAACAGAGGAAAAGUUGGAGAAGAUAUACGAUCAGGUAGGCAUCUUAUUGUGAUAGAUGAAAUUCUCUACAAUAUUCCCUGUCCACGUUUUGUUUCCUACAACAGAAAAAGUACAUUUCUGGCUUUAUUAUGCUUCAUAGCUAGCAUAAUUGAUGGCUCUUUCCCCCGUUCUGUUAUGGGGAAGGUUGUGAAUUCACGGGUCAUGGCGUCGAAUGGGUUGAUUCGAGUAAUUCUAUACGCGAAACCAUCCAUCAUAUUCGGAGUAUUUCGUAAAUAG